CAUUUCCGUGUUAUCUGCCCUCAGACUGUGCGUCAUAUUCGUGCAACAACUUUGUGACAGUUAGUCAGAUUUUUCAUCGAAUGACUUAAAACAUCUGAGGAAUCAGUCCAAAGACCCAACAUGGCAUGUGCACCAGCCCAGAGUGAACAAGGAGCAAGGCCACGCCCCCCUCGACCACCACCACCCAAUGUAAGUUCGGCAGAGAGAAGUACAUUUUCUCAUCUCAAGAGGCUUUGUACUAAAGCUCACCAGCAUGUGGAAGAGGCUCUAUCGCUGGAUGAGGGUAAUAGAGACUUGGAUGCUAAGGAAGAAUAUCUACAGGCACUACACCUCAUUGACCAAGCAAUGGCUAUGGAUUGUGAAAAACUGAAUUUUACAGCUGAUGAUCAAAAUUCUGCCAAACUAAUGCAACAAAAAAUGUCAAAAACCAAACUUCAAAUUGAAUACAGAAUGCAGGCUAUUGAAAGGGAAGAAGCUGUUGCAAAUUCAUAUCCUGAUCUGGAAGAACGAACAAGGCUAGACUCCCCUCCAUCUUACAACGAGGCGGUGACCUCUGGAGCAUCCAGUCCAGUGGUGGCAUCUGGGGAUGCCAUGAUGAUGAGUUUGGGCGACAGUAUCAUGAAUGACGAGAGACAGAAUGGGGAGGUCACACAACAUGCAGAUGCAGACAGAACAUUUGAGAUUGCAGAUGGUGUGCAGAUAUUUUUCAUAACACCACAAGGUUAUGUGAGUGCUCCAUCAUAUCCCAGUUCCCUGUCAGUGUUUAAGUUCCGGGAUGAGCAGUGCGCCGGUACCCAGAGGCCACCAACGUUUAUGCAGGUGAAUGAUUGGGUAUACCCACUGAUUCCAGGGAUGUCGCCAUCUCUCAGGACCACAUAUGGGGCUUACAUGUUCCCCGACACAUCCUCUGAUGUCCCAGGAGCUGCUGUGGGGUUGAUGUUGCCUGACACAAUGGAUGUCGAGGAUAGACUGAAGUUUGAACAGCUUCUCCGAUCAUUGACAGUGAUGGAGGACCAAGUUGUCAUUUCCCCUGAGGGAAUCCCAUGUGAGCCAGCACCAGCCUACCCUCAGGUUCCUAAUGCUGAAGCAGCUCCCGCCUACCCCCAUGUACCCCAAGUGUCCCAUGCAGAACCAGCACCUGUAUCCUACCCACAGAUCCCAAGUGCACCGAUGGAACAGGUACCAAGUGCGCCAGUCGAGCAGAGGCCAGCUGAAGUUGAAGGACAGAGGGAGGAUGUACAUUCAGACACUACCUCAGGGAAAAUCUCAAAGGGAAUUCUUGUAGCGGCUGACUGGAUCUCCUGGGGUGUGGGCAAGGGGGCACAGAAGGCGGGGCAGCUGAUCAAGUACGGGUCCGGCAAGCUACAGCAGCAACUCAGGCCAGAAGACAGACCGCGCACCAUCGACCCUAAAGUACAGAAAGGAGCCAAAUAUGCUCGACAGGCCACACAUGUGGCAGUCAAAGUCAGCUGCUUUGUAGUGGGAAAGUUAAGUGAUGCAACUGUGGCACUGGGGAAACAGGUGGCGCCACACAUUCGGAAACAAGGGGAGAAGAUACUGCCGCAGGUGUUUAAACCUUCCAAAGAUGGACAGUCCAAAAUGGAUGGAGUGUUGGAAGUGGCUGCUAGUGGACUUAAGGGGUUUGGGACAGUCUACAUGGGGCUGGAGACAUCGGCUAAGGAGCUGGCGAAGAAUCUGGCAAAUGAAACAGUUGGCAUCGUCCAUCACAAGUACGGUGAUGAAGCAAGUAAAUUCACCGAAAACACGCUGUAUUCUGUUGGGAAUGUUGCCAUGACGGCCUACAAUGCUGACAACCUCGGCAUCAAGGCCAUCACGAAGCGUGCAGCAAAGGAUGCUGGGAAGGCUGUGUUACACGAUCUGCAGGAUGAACGAGCCAAGAAGCAAACAAAUGGAUGUUGUCAGAACGGAGAGAAACACCCCAGUCCCUCGCAUGAAAAACCUCCACAGUAAAACAUAUUGUAUGAUAGGUUCACUUGAACUGUAAUUUAUAUGUAAAGUGUUUUACAAAAAUAUGAUAAACCGGUAUUGUGUGUACUA